UCAAAGUCAUGUAGAGGUCGUACAUGAAAGGGUUCAGUUUGGACUUGUUUUUGCAUUUAUUACAAACUAAAUUGUUCAAAUGAAAAUUGUUUAAAAAAAACAGCAUAGAGCUCAUUUCUCCAAAAAGGCGUUAUUACUCAACUCGAGCUCCGCCAUAGGGCGGCCACACCCACUCGGUGGACCGUACCAUUUUCUUGCAAGGUGGACUUACCUAUUUUUUAGCACGUUUUCUGUUACGAUAAGGUGGUGGUCUAGAUUUUAUUUGGAGAUUUUUAAAAGGGAUUUUGGUUCGUUCCACGUCCACAAGACAGGAUAGUGAAGGGGAGGAGGCGUCCUGGGAUGCAGUCGGGGUGCAAAAUUAAAAAAGCUUUAGAGCAGGAGAUCUUCCAACUCGAUGGAUAAUCCUGGCUUAGUGCCUAAAUUUCAUGAUGGAGCAAGUCUCCUAGCUCAAGUGAAGGGACGUUUGUACCCGAGGUCCAUAGGUUCAUGCGAAUAUUUAGAUGUGUACCGUUCGAUUGGUUCGCCCACAGCAAUGUUCCUACUGAUCUGCCGCUAUAACCGGGUGUACGCCUUCCCCGGCGAUGACAUCACGCUCUCGUCUCACCUCUCGCCCGAGACCAGCGCCGUGCCCAUGGAGGUGCGGUGGUUCCGCGGCACGGAGUGCAUUUACCUGUAUAAAAACGGGCAGGUGAGCGUCGGGAGGGGCUACGAAGGCAGGGCGAGCCUCAUGACCUCGGAGCUGAAGAGAGGGAACGUAUCCCUGGUCCUGAAGUCCAUCGCGCCCACGGACACGGGGACCUACAGCUGUCAGGUGCUCACAGGCCACAACAAGGUGGAGAAGUCGAUCCAUUUGUAUAUGUCAGGAAUGGAGCCACUUUCACCUGAUGGAACAGGACCAAAGCUCACGGAGCAGGACGGCAUGGACAUGGACGAGUCGGUCCUCAUACUGGAGCUGCGGAAUCUGUUGCAGCAACGUGAAAAAGAGCUCGAGGAUAAAACCAAACAGCUGGAGACCACGGGCGAGAUGCUGAGGACGAAGUCGAACCUCCUGCUGUACAAGGACGCGGACCUGGAGAACCUGAGCCGAGAGGCGAUCCGGAACGAGGAGCGCUUGGGAGACGUGCUGAGAGAGCUGGAAACGUGUAAGAGGCACGUGGAGCGGCUGGGACGGGACCUGGAGGAGAAGAACGCGCAGGUCGAGGAGCUCCAGGGCGUUUUGAAGGACAAAGAACGAGAGCUGGAGGAAGAGGAGGAGAAGAAACGGCGAGAGAAACGUCCUGAAGAGCAGACUGCAGACGGACCGAAGAUCAUGGCAGAAGACUCCGCAGACGCUGAGGAAUCCUUCUGUAUAGCCGAGUUGAAGAACCGGCUGCAGAACAUGGAGAAAGAUCUCGCGGAUAAAAUGGAGCAGUUACAGAGCGCUGCAGGAGCGCUGAGUGAGAAGACGGCUCGUCUCCACGAUCGAGAGAAGGACCUGCAGGAUUUGGCGAAAGAGCGAGAUGAGUAUGUGAAGCACGUGACUCGGGAGAUGGAGAUGUGCCUGCAGGAACUGGAGACUCUAGGGCAGAAGCUGCAGGAGAAGAAUGCUCAGGUCGAGGAGCUCCGGGUGGUUUUACAAGCCAAAGAUCGAGAACUAGACGAGGAGAUGAAACGGCAAGCGAACGAACACCAGGACGUCCCGGAGCUCCUGCAGAAGACCGUGGCCACGUUGAGCGAGACGCGCCAGGAUCAGCUGGAAGACCUGGAGAGCUGGAUCCGCCACAAAAGUGAGCAGAGGAGACAGCGAGAAGAAGACGAGAAGGCGGAGGUUCUCGAAAACGAGUUCCUCGAGUACGUCUCGGCAGUGAAAGAGCUGAUGGCGAAAAAACACGAGACGAUGCAGGCUUGGGAGAAGAUGGCGUCGGUGCUGCAGGACAAGCUUGAGGUGGCGGAGACGGACGAGGAACGAGGGGAGCUCGGGACGCAGAUGGAGGAGGCGCUGGAGAUGCAAAGGCAAAGCCGAGAGCAGAUUAAAAGGCUGAGUGAUAGCGUCGCAGAGAAGAAACGCGACAUCGAGGAGAGGCACAAGCGCGAGAUCGAGGAGAUCAGGGAGACAUAUGGCGCCAAGAUCGAGGCGGAAACCCAGAUCCUGAAAACGCUCCUCCCUGACGUCCAGGCAUACUUCCACAACGUUGUCGAGGACGUCUGGAGAAGGUAUCGGAUCGUAACCGACAAUCUGGAAAUGAGGGUCGAGAAGAACAAAGAACCGAAAACCGAGAUACAGAUGGUUGAAGCGACUGAUUCAGGAGAUGAACGAAGCGACGCCAUAGUGAACGGAGAGGGACUGUUGAAUUGAACGUUAAAUCCGCUAGCUCUGCCUCUUUGUCGCGCAGAGCCGCAACUCUUGCUAGCAAAUAAUCCUGGGAGGAGCACAAGCCAGGAAUCUUAAGCUCCUCCAGCAGGUCCAUCAGAAGAACCGGGCGGGUGGAACUUUCAAAAUGCAGAAAAAGAAAAACGGUUUCAUGAUGUUUCAUGUGUUUCAUGAAUAAAUGACAUUUCAC